CUAGGAGCGAACCACGUGAGGAUGGCCGGGGCGCGUCCCGCCGUGGGCGUGGCCACGAGUGGGGGCAGGUCCGGGGACGCGAGAGCCGCCUGCUGCUGGCCAGGGACGCGGCUUGGGACCCGGAGCUGGGGCGUGUCCCUGGACUGGCGGGACCAGUUCUUAGCGAGGGGCCGUGCUUCAACGCAGCGCCGACGGGCUCUAACUGGGUCUGGGGCACCGCGGCAGCCUGAUGUCCAGACGCCCAGCCCGCAUGCUCCCCGAGCCACGGGACGCAACUCGGUCUUGCCCCCUCCUUACGUCUCGGAGCGAGGAGAGCGGGCGGCUGCCCCGCGGGUGCAGCCCUGUGCACCCGGCCUGGGGACCGACCUGUUGUGUCUUCCCCGUGCAGCCAGGCUAGCCCCUAGCCCGGAUGCAGGCAUUUUCCUGGCGCCUCCUCUGCGAACCCUCUCCUUCGUUGGCCGCUGGAAGCCCACCCACUCAAAGAUCACAGUUAUAACCUCUUCCUUUUGUGGAAGCAUUACAAAUGACAUGAUAACCAGCGCCUCACUGCCGUGCACAAGGGGUGCCACGGCACCAGAGGCAGGCGAGGCUGGGCAUCACUCUGAAAAAGUUCUGAACCGACUACACCUGCCACAGGGCAGCAAGCAGGCCUGGGCGGCUACACCUCCCUGCAGGUCAGGAAGAGCUGUGUUCUCUUGUCCUCAGAUCUCACUUGUGUAAUUCAAGGAAAGCCUGUAAAAAAGAAAGGGCCCAAUUAUGAUUGGCACACAUGACGUGGAGGGGGUGUCAUGGGGAAGACU